GAAUUUCUUACAGUAAGAGUUCUCAGUCGGUUACAAAUUUACUGUGUUAUAGUAUUUUAUUACGAUGUCUAUCAAGAUUUUUCUAACUUUAUUUGUAAUAUUUAGUUCCAAAUCCAUCCUAGAAUCGAAAGAGUAUCGCUACGACUAUAGGUAUAUCUCUGAUAUUGAUGGUUGGAUAAAAAUACAUUUGUUUCCCGCAAAAUGGCAGGACGCUCGCCUCCGUUGUCAAUUAGAAGGCGCAGUGCUGGCGUCACCAGAAACUCCAGCGUUAGCGUUGAUUUUAAAGUCAAUGGCGGCAGAGCGUUUCCCGUGCGGCUUGUACACAGGAGUCCACGCGACAUUCUCGCCAGGAGACUACUUCUCUGUCGAAGGGACACCUAUUGCAAGAAUGCCGAUAGAAUGGGCCCCUAAUGAACCGGACAACCACGAGGGCAAAGAAGAGUGUAUAAUCCUGCAAGGUAACGGCACUGCCGCUGAUGUUGUAUGCACGGACUUGUAUCCCUACGUGUGCUACAGGAGGAGCCCAGUAACAUUAAAUGAAUGUGGCAGCGUUGACCCGGAAUACCAUUACGAUUCAAGAACUGGCUCCUGCUAUAAGUUCCACGACGUGGGCAAGAGCUGGUCGCGCGCGUUCAUGGCAUGCGCGUCUGAGGGAGCCUACCUCGCUAUCAUCAAUAGCAACGUGGAGGCGAACGCGCUUUCUGGGUUGUACGGCAAAUAUCCAGAUUACCAAAUCAGCGGGAAAGUAAAACACGCAGCACACAUAGGUUUUCUCAGCUGGGGAGACAUUGGCACUUGGACAACUAUCCAUGGACAAUCUAUCAAAGCAGCGGGCUACUCGAAGUUCGCAAAAGGUCAGCCGGACUCUCCGGAUGUCACUCCAUGCGGGGGAAUGUUCAGGAACGGGGAACUGGACGACUUUUCAUGCCAGGCCACGGGACCUUUCAUUUGUGAGAAAACCCCAGACAGUCUGUAUGAAAAUGCAAUCAGGCUGAACCAUUUAUAGUUUAAGAAAAAAAUUACCUACUGCUGUGAAUAAACGUAUUGGGAAAAUUA